CAGUGGGCAUUAUUCAGCUAGCUAACGCUGAUCAGGACAGACCUCUUUUUUGUUGUUGUCUUCACCAUCAGUUCUGUUUGUUUGUUUUCUUUUUGAAAUCGUCGUCUUCCGUUUGUCGAGUUUUGACCUUUCGCCUGGUCCGUUCGUCUGGCAGUUGAGCCAUUCAUCAUUCGCCUGUCAAACUGCGUUGUGCGAAUCAUUUUGUUUGUUUGUUGCUGGUCUUCCGAGUUUGAAAAGCACCAAAGACGAACAAUCAAGUGGCAACUAUCAUCAUUAUCAUUACCGACAGUGUUUUGUUUGAAACUUGAGACGUUCGAACUGAUUGCAAAACGAAUCGAUUGCCGAAAACGCUGCCCUUUGUUUCAACUGUCUCGAACUGGCUUCUGAUUCCAAUCAGUCGACGGGCAAGAUGGUCAAAGUGGAGGGCCCGCAGUCUCUGCCACAGCCGGCCAUGGCCCGCGCGCCACCCUUCUCCAUUCUAUCUCUGCUUCCCGAGACGGCCGUCCAUGCCCACCACCACCACCACGAAUCCGUUCAGUACACGAACAGCGUCGGCCAUCAGCAACAGCAGCACAGACCGGACUCGUCCAGCUCGUCGACGGCCAUGAAGGAGAACGUGUACAGUGACAACAGCGAAGUGGACGAUGUCUACACGGACGAGGAACAAGAUCUCGACGUGGAAGGAAUGGAGGCGGUCAGUCCGCUGCGCUCCGACGAGAGCGAAGAAGAGGCCAGCAUCAAAGAUCUCAACUGUUCUUCCGAAUCGUCCAGCACGGUCAACCUCAGCGCUAAAACGGACAAGUCCGGCAAGAACAAGAGCGCCAAAAGUGAAGGUGACGAGGAAGGCACCAACAAAUCGUCAAAGAGUUCCAGCAGCAAGAAGGAGGGCGAUGAAAAGAGCAAAAAGAACGAGAAGCCGCCCUUUUCCUACAACGCCCUCAUCAUGAUGGCCAUCCGCAGCAGCGCCGAGAAGCGCCUCACCCUCAACGGCAUUUACGAAUUCAUCAUGAAGAACUUCCCGUACUACCGCGAUAACAAGCAAGGCUGGCAGAACUCGAUCCGGCACAACUUGUCGCUCAACAAGUGCUUUGUCAAGGUGCCUCGUCACUACGACGACCCGGGCAAAGGCAACUACUGGAUGCUCGAUCCGUCCAGCGACGACGUCUUCAUCGGCGGAACGACGGGCAAACUGCGAAGGCGAUCGACGGCCGCUUCGCGUUCGCGAUUGGCCGCUUUCAAACGCAGUUUCGGUUUCCCGUCUUUGGCCGGCUUUCCGGGCAUGCCGCCCGUCCAUCCCGGCAUGGCCGCCGCUGGGUUCCAUCCGGUGGCUGGCCCCUAAUUCGGCGCACCAUCCGGGAUCGGCAGGCCAUCCUCAUCAUCCUUAUUCAACGCCGACGGGCGCGUGGCCCGGCCUGGCCGCUUCGCUUUGCAAUUCGGCCGCUGCUUUGUAUCGUUACAGCACGGCAGUGGGUUACGCCGCGUCGGCCGGUUACGGCAAUUUGCUGGCCCAUCCGGGUAGUCAUCCGUCGGCUCAUCAUCCGUCGCAAGUGCCAGCAGGUCUUGGCGGAUUCAGUUCGCCAUUGGCCGGCCAUAAAAUGGUCGGUUCGACUCCGGCGCAUCACCACCAAGCGCAGCACAGUUUCUCCGUCGAGCGGCUGCUCGGCUCGGCCACCUCACCGUCCGAUUCGCCGAUCCGGCAUAUGCCGCCCACCUCUCAAUCGAUGGCUUCCUCUCCGUUCGGGAUGUUAGGCCAUCCGUUGCUGCAACAAGCGGCCGCCUACGCCGAUUUCUACGGCAACGGUCACCUUCGUUUCAAUACGGGACUGAUGGGCAUGGGCCUACCGUCGUCCGUCUCGCCCAUUUCGCAUCAGCAACAACAGCAGCGCUCCAACUCCACUUCGCCGUUGGCUCCUUCAACGCCAACCUCGCCUCCGUUGAUCUCCAGGACGAGUUAAAUAAUUUAACCUGAUUCAUCUUUCGAAUUGUUUUCACCGACGCGGCAAAUUUUGAAAUGCCUCCCCCCCCAUACCGUCGGACACCUAUCAUCAGCAAACCCAGUUCACAUUUGAUGUCAAUGGUUCCGAGGCCUUCACACCGGAUGAUGGCCUGGGCCGAGCCUGUCAACUUUGUAAAUACCAUCAAGUCUAUAUAUCGAAGUCUGAAAAACAAAAAACAAAAAAAAAAACGAGAUGAAAAGAAACAAAAUAAAGAAAGAAUUCCUCACUCCCGCGGAUCGAUUUAUUGUGUCCUCCUGUAAUUCUAUGAUAUUCAUCCAUUCGUUUGUUUGUAUGCAGUAUAAAUGUGUUUCGCUCGUGUACGUAUUUCAUAUAGAGAGUCUAUACAUAUUCGGUUGCCACUGUACUUGUACAUAAUUUAUAUAAACGAUAUUAUAACUAUAGAAAAAAGAGAUCCCCACCCGAAACGAAACAAACAAAACCAAUUGGAAUGUGCGCGUCAAUCUCAGAUCAAUUACAAGCGUGUUGAAGUAUA